AUGGCCAAGGAUCAGACCUCGCCGGGUGAGCAGGCUACGGUCAUCAUCGGCCCAGGCUCCGUGGAGCAAGUCCAAAGAGCCGAGGACUUGAUCCACGCCAAGAUCAUGGAGAAGUCGUGGGGCAAGGGUGGUGGACCAAUGGGCGGCGGAAUGAGACCCAUGAAUGCCUACGGCGGCCCAAGGCCUGGCCUCGGCGCAGUGCCACCCCCUAUGGGCAUGGGGGACCCGAUGGGAGGUGGCCUCGGCAUGCCACCGCGACCACCCGGGCUUGGCGGCAUGCCCGGAAAUGUACCUCGACCGCCCUUACCCCUCAACCUGCCACCAGGCAAAGGAGGCCCCAUGGGCAAUUCCUUCGGCGGAGGCUGCGGAGGCUGUGGCUGCGGAGGUGGCUGUGGAGGCUGCGGUUGUGGUGGGUGCGGAGGUGGCUGCGGAUGUGGGGGCUGCGGGGGUUGCGGCUGCGGCUGCGGAGGCAAAGGCCCAGCUUGGAAUGGCGGGGGUCCUGGCUAUGGGGGCUGCGGCGGUCCUGGUUGCGGCUGUGGCGGCGGUUUGGGUGGUGGCUGUGGAGGCGGUCUAGGUGGCGGCUGUGGCGGUGGCCUCGGUGGCGGCUGUGGUGGCGGCCUGGGCGGUGGCUGUGGAGGUGGCUUGGGCGGUGGCUGUGGCGGCGGCCUGGGUGGCGGCUGCGGGGGUCUAGGCGGCGGCUGUGGAGGCGGCCUUGGUGGCGGCUGUGGAGGUUGCGGUGGCUGCUAUGGAAAGGGCGGUCCUCAGCAGCAAUGGGGCGGCCAGCAGGGAUGGUGA